UCAGCCGCCAUUGACUGUGCGGGCUCGCACUUCCUUGCAGAGGGAUGGCUGUGCUUCGGGCGAGCCCAGUAGCCCCGCAGCUCACGCUGCUCUGACAGCGGCUUGCAAGCGGGCGCGAUUCGGGCCCGCGGCUGCACCGGUGCGGCCCACGCCUCCCUCAGCGCCUCAGCGCCUGCUGGGCGGGACCCGGGACGGUCUGAAAUUACCCACAAUGGAAGCAGGCAAGCAGAUGCGAGUGUCUCGGCCAUACAAAAUCAGUGAAUCUUCAAAGGUGUACCACUGGGCUGACCAUUCCACCUCAGUGCUGCAGCGGCUGAAUGAGCAGCGGCUGCAUGGCCUCUUCUGUGACGUGGUCCUCGUGGUUGAAGAGCAGCAAGUGCCUGCCCACCGCAACCUUCUGGCUGUGUGUAGCGACUACUUCAACUCCAUGUUCACCCUGGGCAUGCGUGAGGCUUUCCAGAAGGAGGUGGAGCUGGUUGGUACCUCCUGCGUGGGGCUCAAGGCUGUGGUGGACUUCCUCUACAGCGGUGAGCUGGAGCUGGACGGCAGCAACAUUGACUACAUCCUGGAAACGGCGCACCUGCUGCAGGUCUGGACAGUGGUGGACUUCUGCUGCGAGUACCUGGAGCAGGAGGUGAGUGAGGACAACUACCUCUACCUGCAGGAGCUGGCCUCCAUCUACAGCCUCAGGCGGCUGGAUGCCUUCAUUGACAGCUUUGUGCUGAAACACUUCAGCAUACUGGCCUUCACGCCUGACUUCCUGCAGACCGUCUCUGUGCAGAAGCUGUGCGACUACCUGAGCAGCGACCAGGUGCAGCACGCCUGGGAGUAUGACCUGCUGCAGGCCGCUCUGCAGUGGCUCACUCAACAGCCGGAGCGCGAGGCGCACACCUGCCGCGUGCUGGAAAACAUCCGCUUUCCCCUCUUCGCUGAGGACGCCCUGCUCCAGCGAGUGAAGCUGGCCAUGUGCUCGCUGUUGCCCAGUGAGGCCAACUGCGAGGGCUUCUUGGAAGAGGCCUUGCACUACCACAGCAGCCUGGUGGCACAGCCCGUCCUGCAGACGAAGCGAACAGUGCUACGCUCUGAGGAGUGCUUGCUCUUCGUGGGAGGUGAGGUCUCCGAGCGGUGUCUGGAGCUGAGCGAUGACACCUGCUACCUGGACACCAAGAACGGACAGUGGGUGAAGGAGACAUCCCUGCCAGCCCGCCGGAGCCACCACUGCGUUGCUGUGCUAGGGGGCUUCAUCUUCAUUGCUGGUGGCAGCUUCUCAAGAGACAACGGAGGGGGUGCAGCCUCCAACCUUCUUUAUAGGUAUGACCCCCGCCGUAAACAGUGGAUCAAGGUGGCAUCAAUGAACCAGCGCCGUGUGGAUUUCUACCUGGCCUCCAUUGAAGACAUGCUGGUGGCUGUUGGCGGCCGGAACGAGAAUGGAGCCCUGUCUUCUGUAGAGACCUACAGCCCCAAGACCAACUCCUGGACUUAUGUGGCUGGCUUGCCAAGGUUCACCUAUGGCCAUGCAGGCACCAUCUAUAAAGACUUCGUGUACAUCUCAGGUGGCCAUGACUACCAGAUCGGCCCGUACCGCAAGAACCUGCUGUGCUACGACCACCGGACGGAUGUGUGGGAGGAGAGGCGGCCCAUGACAACAGCACGAGGCUGGCACAGCAUGUGCAGCCUGGGUGACAGCAUCUAUUCCAUUGGGGGCAGUGAUGACCACAUGGAGUCCAUGGAGCGCUUUGAUGUGCUGGGCGUGGAGGCCUACAGCCCACAGUGCAACCAGUGGACCCGUGUGGCACCACUGCUGCAAGCCAACAGUGAGUCGGGCGUGGCUGUCUGGCAGGGCCGCAUCUACAUCCUGGGUGGCUACAGCUGGGAGAGCACGGCCUUCUCCAGGGCCGUGCAGGUGUAUGACCAUGCAGCCGACAGAUGGAGCAGGGGUCCGGACCUCCCCAACGCCAUCGCAGGCGUGUCGGCCUGUGUGUGUGCCCUCAACCCAAGGCUGGAAGAAAAGAAGAAGAGAAGCAAGGACAAGCGCCAGGACCGAGGUCAGUGACACCAAGGCUCUGGCAGGGCGGCCACAUCCACAGUAGCUACUCCCUAGCAGCCUUUUGUACUUUUUUGAUUCCUGGUAUUUCUAUACUAUCACAGUUGAUAAUUAAAUAUCCUUCACAACUUUACACAUUAUCUUGUUUGAAUACUUACACUUGGGCCCUCAUAUCUGCACAGGCCUACUUCCCGAGCUACACAUCCCUGAAGGUCUGUGACUGUUGUCACCAACAAUAGCUGGCUCACAGGUUCUAUGGAAAAUUUUGUAGUGAUGUUAGAUUCUCUAAGGUUUGGGCCUCCCCAAAUCUAGCUGAAGCUUUUGCACAGACACUCAAGCUGUGCUGAAAGGCUGGAGGAGGCCUGUCCAGAGGCUUGAGUUCUGAGUGUCAGCUGCAUUCUGCAUUCGGUUGUCUCAGGCAAGAACACGCAUGUCUGCUCUGCAUUUAAGACAUGGGGAGAGCCGGGCUUUGGUGGUGCACGCCUUUAAUCCCAGCACUCAGGAGGCAGAGGCAGGCGGAUCUCUGUGAGUUCGAGGCCAGCCUGGUCUACAAGAGCUAGUUGUAGGACAGCCUCCAAAGCUGCAGAGAAACCCUGCCUCGAAAAAAAAAGAAAAAGAAAAAAUAAAAGACAUGGGGACCCCCAGCUCCCUGACAGGCAGGCGAGCCCCAGGGACUCUUGAUUUUCUUGCUGAAGGUUCCGUAGCAGCCGAUCCUUUCCCUGAAUAGUGUCAUCUCCCCUGGCUGGUAACCUUUGGGAGUUCUGUACACGUCAUUAAGAAAAAAGGGCGGAGAGAGUGGUGCGAACAUGUUUCUGUACAGUGUUCUGUAGUGUGAGCUGCCCGCCUCUUGUCACUGCUGUAGUGAGCUCCCCAAAUCUACCAUCUGUUUUCUCAGAGAUGAAAAUGCAGUUCUGUAGUGUUUUCAGUCAUCUCUCCGGGCUGGUGCAGCCAUUGGGAGCACUGUACAAAUGAAUGCGCUGGUCCCCAAGAAGGUGGCCGAGUUCCUCCUAGCUCUAGCAACUGUCCUGGCCCCACUGGCUGCUGCCAAGUGGUCUUACCAUGCUGGGAAGAUUCUCUUUCUCAAUUUCUUUCCUUCUUUCUUUGAAACAGGGUCAUGCACUGUAGCCCAAGCUAUCAUCAAACUCAUGAUGAUCCUCCUGUCUCAGCCUCCUGAAUGCUGGGAACACAGGCACAGCCACCAUACCCAGUUAGAUUCUUUGGUGCUUUCAUCUGUCAUACCUCAUGUCUUACUGGACAGCAUCGGGAACGCCUCUCCAGCCCCACAGGAGAUGGUUCCUUCUCUUGGUCUCGGUGGCACACUCUCAAGCCCAGGCAGAUGUUAGUGAUCUAUACCUCUGGUUAGACAGCUCAAGACACUGUCAUUAACACUGUGUCAGAAGCAAAACCUGAGCUCAUUCGUUUUGUUGUUGUUGUUGUUGUUCUUGUUUGUUUGUUUGUUUUUGAGACAGGAUUUCUUGUAGCCCAGACUGGCCUUAAAUGCUUGAUCCUCCUGCCUCUACGUCCCAAGUGCUGGGGGUCUUAAGGAUUUGCUACUGUGGUGGUUAGAAAUAAAUUGGCCCCCAAAGAAAGAGGCAUUAUUAGGAGAUGUGGCUGUGUUGGAGAUGUGUUCUUGUUGGAGGAAGUGUGUCAUUGUGGAGGUGGGCUUUGAAGGUUCGUAUAUACUCAAGAUACGGCCCAGUGUCUCAGAUCACUUCCUGAUGCCUGUGUAAGAUGUAGAACUCUCAGCUACCUCUCCAGCACCAUGUCUUCCUGCAUGCUACCGUGUCCCACGGUGAUGAUAAUGGACAGAACCUCUGCACUGUAAGCCACCAACUCAAUGAAAUGUUUUCCUUUCUAAGAGUUGCCAUGGUUUCUAUUAACCCUAACUAAGAAAGCUACCAUGCCCAAAUGAUCAGUUCACUUUUUCUCUUCUGCACUUCCUUCCCUCCAAACCUGGGUUCACUGUGGUUCUGGUCAGUCUGCUUCUGCAUGACUCUGGAAGAGGGGAGACUGGCCUGAGGACUGAAGGCUUCAGAGUCUGCUGUCAGUCUGCAUAUCUAGUCAGUUACUGUGCGCGGAAGUCCCUAAGGACUCAGACGGUUGAAAGUUUCUGCAAGGCAUGUAAACAAACAACCAGGGAGUUUUUGCCCUUCUGUGUGUUAAAGGCCCUGAGGAGUCUUGCACUAACUGUUCACUUCCAUUGUUCCUCCAUUUCCAAACUUGGACUUUGAAACUCUACCUCUUCUCCCCCUCUCCAAUACUGAACUCCAGGACAGUGUAGCCAUCCCCAUUCCAAGAAAAACUUUAUGUCUUAAAAACCCUUCAGAAAGCACAGUAGAAGUGUGACCUCUUCUCACAGAUCAUGAACACACAGGAGGGGGUGCAGCUGGAACUGGGCAGCCUCGGGAAAGCACCCAGUAAGGCUCCAUGAAUGGUUUGCAGAGCAGGACAGCUUUGACCCUGGGAAGAGGAAAGCCAUGGAUCCGAGCCUAAGGCAGCUCUGCCAUUGCUCACUGCUGGUGUUUGCCCCAGAUAAGACAGGACAUGGCCUCCAUUCUGCUUGGUGCCUUGUGGGUUAGCCACAAUGUUCCUCCAGCAUAGUCAGUGUGGCUAGUCACUUAGGUUAGGAAUCUGCCACUGCAGCCACCGAGAGCCUUCCCUUAAAAGGAUGGCUGGACUGUAAGUUUCACUGUGGACUGCUUUUUCUCAUACUUUCUCAUUGCCUUCUGCUUGGUGGGAUCAGUGGAAAGGCCCGGAGCCCAGCAGCAAUACCUGGGUCAGGUUUUUGUUACCUGGGGCUUUAAUUGAAAAUUUUAUGCAAGAAUAAAAGGAGCCGGGCGGUGGUGGCGCACGCCUUUAAUCCCAGCACUCGGAGGCAGAGGCAGGCGGAUCUCUGUGAGUUCGAGGCCGGGCUGGACCGACAGCCUCCAAAACAAUACAGAGAAACCCUGUCUCGUAAAAACCAAAAAAAAAAAAAAAAAAAAAAAGAAUAAAAGGAAACAGGUUCCCACUAGGACAGACAGCUUCCAGCUAACCCUGAGCAGGUGUCUGUUGGAAUAAUCGUGGCAGGCUUUGAAUCAGACUUUACAUCUUUUCCUUUAUAGUUUUACCUUGUAUUUGUUGUAGGGUUUUUUUUUUUUUUUUUGGAGCCCUGUUUGAAUAAGGCAGAAAUGCAAUAAGAGAUGGGGUGAGCAGGAAGCUCAGGGGCCUUUGUUUGCUGGUCCUCUUGGUGUUUGGCAUCUGUAUAGAGCAGCCAGAUACUGAGGCACAUGCCUGCCACCCAGACACUGGAGAGGCUGAGAUCAGAGGAACUCCUAAGUCAGGGAGACCCAGGCCAGCUUGGGCAACACAGUGAGACCCUAUGUUGCCCCCAUCCCCAAAUAUACAUGACUGUCUGGCACAGUUUAUUCUAUUUUAUAUACAAUAGACCCCUGUUCUGGGCUGUGUGAAUUUCCUUCCUGUCCCUAAUUGUAAGGUGACCUGAACAGCCUUAAAUGAGACCCAAGCAGUUAACACAGGUGGCGUUUUAGUCCUCCAGCUGAACAAGAAUCUCUACUCCAACAACAAUGUCCUGUGCGCAAGUUUGGAUGUACUGACCUAUGUCAGUAUGUAAGUUCUAUGUAAGCCCAGAGAAACCUUCUAGUGCUGAAAGUAAAAGGUGCCUGUCACCCCUUGCACCCUCUUAGAGAGUCACCAAUUGUCCUUCCUUACCCUGGCCCCAUGGUGUAGUGUUGGGCUGUACCUUUAGCCUGGGGUGUCCAUCCUGCAGGGACAGCUGUUGCUGCCCUCUAUAGUGGUACCUGACACCCCCCCCCAGGAUAAACCUGCAGAAUUCAGGGCAGCUUCAUAGGAGACCCUGACUUGACCCUGACAAGCUGACUUUUUAGUAUUUUCAAAACCGUUUUGAUACUUUUUCAUACAAUUUGCUAAUCACCAUUUUGUAGAAUGCCUGCUGGGGUUUCCCAGCUCUUCCCUUAGCUCCAGCACCUUGGUUUGUCUAGAUACCCUGUUGUCAUUGUGUGCCUUGCUUUGUGUGGCUUUGUCUUCCAUCUUGCCCUUCUACGUAGCCAAUCAAACACAACUCGAGUUUUGUGAGUCCAGAUGGGUAGGACCAUCAGAGGUCCCUGAUUGAACCAGAGGGCACUGAUGUACAGGAAGGCAGAUCAUGCCCUUCAGAGAAUCUGUAUUUUUCCUGGAGCUCCUGCUCAGUGGAGUGCAGAGUAGAAGAGUUACCUGAAGCUGAUCUACACGUACUGUGUUUCAGACAGGUCAUUUCUCUAACACAUGUAUGGCGGCUGAUGUCCUGGUCUCUUCCUGUCUACCCCAAUCAGUAAAAAACACCUAACUGAACCUCUGCAGCCUUAACACAGCAUGCCAUUCUUGCUCUCUGAACCUGACUUUCAGGUGGAUGGUGUGUGGUGUGUGUGUGUGUGUGUGUGUGUGUGUGUGUGUGUGUGUGUGUGUGUGUGUGUGUGUGUGUAAGUGUGCGUGCCCGUGGUGUGAUGUGGUGUGAAUAGAAUUGGUGGCUUCUAGGGAGAGCUGAGUGCCUUAACAAGCUGUGUCUCAGUUAACAGCAUGGAACGGAUGAGGCUGGGACUCCAGCUCAGUUGGGAAAGUGCUUGCCUAGCAUGCAGGAAGUCCAUGGCCUCCAUCCCGAGCACCAUGUAAACUGAGCAUGGUGGCCCAAGCCCGUAAUCUCAGCACCUGGGAGGUGGACACAGGAGGAUCAGAAGUUUAUGGUCACCCUUGACUAUACACAGCAAGUUUGAGGCCAGUCCUGGCUACAGGAGACCCUGUCUCAAAUUAAGUAGUGACAUAAUAAUAAAUUAACAGUAAAAAUAAAAGCAUUGGAUGAACAUAAUAAUGUGACUCUGUGUUGACCCAAGAAGAAAGGUCUUUAGGUUUGAUAUUAAAUAGCCCCAGUUAAGUUUUAUGAUGAUGGAUACAUUUGGUGCCUUCUGGCUCCUAAUGUCACACAGAUCUGUAACUGUAUUUGCUUUUUAACCCACAGCUUUUAUGUCUGUAAUUUUAUGCCCUUCAAAGUCUUCCUGUCUUGCCUCCUUAGUUAACUUUCUGCAUGUUGCAUUUGUUUUGACUUCCAUACGGAGCUCUCAGUUCCUGAAACACAUUAAAACAACUUGCCUGCCA